AUGCUGCACACCCAGCCCAACGACCGACGCCCUGACAUCAGGGGAGAGAGGGAUCAUGGUGGAGGAGAGGAGAGGGAGCUCUGUUCUCUAAACUUUAAAGGACCAAGCGAUGUUGAGCGCUAUCAAAUGGCUAAUAAGAAAAUCCCAUUCAAUUAUAAGAGGCCGGUAGAAGAUUGGCUACAGGAGAAAGGCCGGCAGCUCACCAUCUUCAACACCCAGGCGACCAUCUCUAUAGGUGGUAAUGACCGUAAACGUCCCUACCAGGGACAGCUGUCCGGUCUCUACUACAACGGCCUCAAGGUCCUCAACAUGGCUGCCGAAGGCCACGCCAACAUCAAGGUGAACGGGAGCGUGCGAUUGGUGGGGGAUGUACCCACCAGUAGGGGUGCUGCCCGCACCACCACCUCCGUGCCACCUGAGAUGUCCACCACCUUCAUAGAGACCACCACCACUCUGUCUACGACCACCACGAGGAAACAGCGCUCUCCACCCACCAUUCAGACGACAGAUGACAUAGUAUCGUCGGCGGAGUGUUCCAGCGACGACGAGGAUCUGGAGGAGUGUGAUUCCGGACACGCAGGAGGGGAGUUAGUCAUCCCCGUACUUGUAGAGGAUCCCAUAGACAUCCCUCCUGUCUCCACCCAUUCUCCUUUCAUCCCCCUCCCCCCAACCCUCCGCCCCGUCCUCACCAUUAUCGAGGCCACCAAAGAGUCCCUGCCCAUGGCCACUGAGGCGGGGGUACCUUGCUUGUCGGACCGAGGCAGCGAUGAUUGUGAUGAUGGUCUUGAUGGUGGUGGUGGUGAUGAUGAUGAUGAUGAUGAUGAUGGAAUGGUGAUAUCGGGGUUUGGCUCUGGCGAAGCUUUCGACUCUAGCCUGCCCCCCACUGACGAUGAAGAUUUUUACACCACCUUCUCCCUGGUAACAGAUAAGAUCUUGACCACGUCGGCCUAUGAAGGUGGCUACAAAGCUCUCGCGCCCAAGUGGGAGGCCAAGGACUUGAGGCCUAGCAAAGCCUCAGAGGCGGGUAGGACUACACCCACCCCGCCUCUACCCAACCUCGGGGGCACUGUAGCGGAGGCGUCCCUCCCCUCGGAUGGCAUGCCGCCCAAACUGCCCGCCGGGAAAAUGGACAACCGCGAGGUGAUCAAACCCCUACAGCCGGACAUUGUCCUGCUGCCUCUGCCGACCACGUCCUUCGACCUGGACGGCACCAAGCCCCGCGGGCCCCUCAUCACCUCGCCCAUGCUACGCACGGUGCCUGCCACGUUACCCACCGUACCCGUCGUAAGGCGGGUGCCCCCUGGGGCCUCGGAGGUGAUACGAGAAUCCAGCAGCACAACAGGCAUGGUGGUGGGCAUCGUCUCGGCCGCAGCACUCUGCAUCCUCAUCCUCCUCUACGCCAUGUACAAGUACAGGAACAGAGACGAAGGCUCCUACCAGGUAGACGAGACACGGAAUUACAUCAGCAACUCGGCACAGACCAACGGCUCCGUGGUGAAAGAUAAAACGCCCAGUGGGGGCAGUGGUGCCAAGGGAGCCAGCAGCAAGAGACCGAAAGACAAGGACAAGGAAUACUAUGUAUAGAAAAAAAUCAACCAUUCCCAAUGCAAACAAAAAAAUAUUAAAAAACUGUUUGGAGAAAAUAGGAAUAAACGCUUGACAGUACCAUAUUGGGAGCUGUAAUUCAAAAAGGAAAACAAAAUCUGCUCAUGAGAACUCAAAGUGAAUGAGUCCAAGUUUAAACAUUUUCAAAUGUACUGUGACCUAAAAGCACACUAUGGUAAGCAUACAGAGAAACAGACUGAUAGGGACACUACUAUAAGAGACCUUGUUGUGACGAGAUGACGGAGCUCUGUCCGGAGUCGUUGCCAGAGGUUGGGCAGUGUAAGAUACUUCACUGUUACUUCGCUAUCCCUCCCAAGUGACUGUCAGAGAUGUGUGAUCCUUGGCGUAAA